AUGGAGUGCGUUCCAGCUACGGCGAAGAGGAAGGCUUCGCCUCCGGAGGAUAUGAUCGACGAUUUCCCCUUCUUCUCCCCCUCGCCCGCGAUGAAGAUUAGGAGACUGGUAACUUCUCACUCCACCCCGCUCAAUACCUGCGAGUAUUCAUCUUUUUUGGUAUUACUUAAGUAAUGAAACAUGUUUUUUUCUGAGAAUCGGAGGAUCAUAUGGCUAUAGCUACCGUUUGUCGUUGCUUCUCGAUUUGUCGCGAAGUCAUGAUUGAGGCCCUUCUGAUUCUGUCAUGAGGUAGCAUCCGCAUCGGGGAUUCUUAGGCAGCAGGAAGUGAGAUCUUAGUGGUCCAGGGAGGUUUUGGAUGCGGAUGAUAAAUCGAAGGAGGGCACUUCAUCUGUGGAUGGGGUUUUCUAAUGCAGGGAGACUGCCUUAGUCUAAGCUAGAUGUUUCCGCGUUUUCUCUUCAUGUCUAUGAGACCAAUUUCCAAGUUAUGCGCCAAGCUAAUAAGUACCGCCUUCCCAACCUACUAGAUGCCCGUACAUCGCUGAGUUGUAGGAUAUUACGUUCUCGGGUCUUUCUCUCUUCCGAACCGUGUUGUCGCCGAAGUGAGACUAUUUAUUUCUCUACGACAUCUUUUCAUCAAAGAAAUAAAUGAUAAUCCGAUGGUUCUUACGCAAUUUUUUGUUCAUUGUUCAUAUACGUCAUGUUGAAUCACCUUUGUUUAUGAAUCUGAGAUUUUCAGUGGAACUAUUGGACCUCAUCUCGGGAUCUCUCUCUCUCUCUCUCUCUCUCUCUCUCUCUCUGUAUAUAUAAUAACAUACAUAGACGUAUCCCUCUGCGUUUAGCGAGAGGAUAGUCCUGAUGGCUUUAUCGUCCGUGUGUGUAUAUUUGUUCGCUUUUGUCUUGAUGUCCAAUCUGUAGGAUGCAGAAUUGACCAGGAACCUACAAGAAGAAGCCACAGUUGCAGCCGUGGCCUGCGGACAACCGUCAGUUGAGGAGAAGCCGCCAAGGGUUCAACAGAACCCCGCUGUUGUGUUGGCUGGUGUCGGACCCUCGUUCAAGUUAGAUGAGUCGAGAGCUAUUGUCCUGUACAAACCAGUCGAUCGGCCAAUCUUCGACUACCCGCCAUCAUUGAAUGCCCUUCUCAGAGUGGGCCCGGAUCUGAUUUCCGGGUUGAAGGGUAAGUAUCUGGAGAAAACCACCGUUCAACCGUCUAUGCUUUUAGCCUCAUUAGAAUCAGAUGAUGAUGAUGGGGUUUUUUCUUUUCUUUUCUUUUUCACCAGUUCAGUGCGGCUGGUUGGGCCAACGUACAGCGGGAACAGGGGAGGAAGGAGAACCCUCGACAGACGACAGAGAGGCAGCAGCAUUUGGCUGCAGCUUGGCUCUGGUUCCAUGGGCGCCUCCUCGCCCAUCUAGUAGAGCUAAUGCUCCCUCCUCCCCCCCAUUCACGGUCUCUGGAGCAGCAUUGGGCGAGCAGGAGGCGAUGGAUGUGGAGGAAGAUGGAGACGGAAGACCCUACGCCGCCGCCGCAGCCGCAACGGGGCUGAGCGAAGGCUUCCGCCAUUGGAACCAGCACUGCCUGCCGCCGCAGCUCAGCCCAGGCGCCUCCACUCCUGCCGUAAUGUGGACUUGGGGUUAG